AACAAAUCCAAGUUUAAAUUCAAAAAAUAGGAGCGAGACUAAAGGCGGAGCACCACCGUCACUCUGAGCACUGCGGACUGACAGCCGCCGUGGUUUAACAGAUGGAUUCACAACCUGUCAAUUUCCUUUCUCAAGCUUAUGCCAAAGAGUAAGACCACAUCCAGAAAUUAGGUCAUGGUGGUGGAGGAAUUGUGUAUCGCUGCAAGCACAAAAAUGACGGAAUGACCUUUGCUAUAAAGUUGAUUCCGCUGUGUGAUAGUUGUGAAAAGGAUAUCUUUCCGGAGGUUAGGGCCAUCUUCCUAAUCCAUCCCAAUAUCCUGCCAUGCUAUAAGGCCUGGGUGGAGAAUGGUCUACCUAUGUUUCCUAGUUUUCAAGAUGAUUUGAAGCAAAUGGAUCUCAAGUGUGCUAAUACUCCUACCAGAAUUCUGUAUCUCCUCUUGGAGGAGUGUGAAGGCAAUUUGGAAUCAUUAUCUCUGAGGAAGGAAUUUGUUGGUCCUGAAAUACUGGACAUAUUUCAAGGAUGUGUCAAUGGAUUAGCGUAUCUGCACUCCAAGGAUCUAGUACAUGGAGAUCUCUCUCUGAAGAACAUAUUCAUGAAUGCCAAAGGAACAGCUAAGAUUGGUGAUUUUGGUUGUGUUGUGGAGGCUGAUGGUAUACCCCGUCCCAUCGGGGGUGUCAUGAAGUAUCUUGCACCUGAAAUUAGAAAGCAAUUGGAUGAUGAGAAGGGUCUGAUCACCAAGGCCAGUGAUGUAUAUUCAUUGUCUGUGGUAAUCUUGGAGCUUAUCUAUCCUGCACCUCCAGGAAGUACUGAAUCUGAAAGAGAGCACUUUCUCAGCAAUAUCAAGAAUAGCAUUUUUCAGGAACAAACUAAAGUACCCCGAACCGUGAUGGAUGUUCGUGAGAGAAUGUUGAAUCCCGAUCCAUUGGGACGUCCAUCUGCACAAUCUAUUAGUUCUAAUAUCUGCCAGAUUCUGGUUAGUUUUGUUUGCUUGUUGUUUCCUUCUUUAUUGUUAGCCAUUUCCUUUUCCAACCAGAUCACUUUUGCAUCAGGUCUGCAUGCAAGUUACUUAAGGUUUUUUGGUUGUUGACAGCUUUCUUGUUAUCAAAUCUUUUUAAGCAAUAUGUUCUGCUGAUCUAAGCUGUGUGAAUGAGGAAUUACCUGUUACGGUCUGCCAAUUCAUCUAUCUGCUGCUAGUCUAUGUAGAUAGAAAUCCAUAAAUUAUGAAGGGGAGGAAAUGAGUUUAGUGAUUCCUUCUCUAUUAAACUGUAGAUUGUCUAGAAGUAUGAUUUCAUCCUUCACGUGGAAUGAUAUUUCAUCUCUUUUAAUACUUUGAAAUCGAUUAUCUGUGAACUCAAUGCCUUACAUUUUAAUACCCUGUUUCCAGAUAGUCGAUGCAUUUAAUGAAUGACUUGUUUCAUAUACAAGGUAGUUAAAUUAUGAAAUACAAGUUACACGCAACCCUUUUACCCUUCCAUGUGUUAUCCUGCUUUAAAUGUUUUGUGGAUAAUUCAAAAAGUUGUUUGCUUUGCAAUCUGCAAAGAUGCUUUCUCUAUUACUGUGGUCUCUGAGUUACAUACACUUCCACAGUCUACUAUUGCUCGUUAACUCUUGGAGAUGAAAUAGAGUCUAGUCAUACUUAAUUUAUGUAGAUUGUCCAGAAUUUGAACUUCACACGGAUUGGGUCUUUCAUCUCUCAUUUUUGAUUCUUUAACAGUCUCAAUUUUUGCAAAUGGAUUACUUAAAAUAUGUCAUAUGUGCUCUCUGCAGAUUCUUAUAAGAAGAAAUUCCCAUACACUUCUGCUGCCUUAUUUUUUGUUCGUCUCCACUCUCCACGCUUUAAUUUCAUGCUUAACUCAUAAUGCAGGCAUAAGAUUUGAGGAGAUUAAGGUGCUGCCACUGGGUGUCCUCUUGAUUUCAAAUCAGGAAUUCUUACAUGUCUUUUCUCUAUUAGAAUGCUACAUAAAUACAUAGGUUUCGGGAACUAUUGUAACACCACACUGUUUUGCCUUAGAGUUGUACAUGUGAGUUUUGAAGAACAAGGUACCAUAGCUCAAGACUGAUGACUUUUUUAGUCUUGUUCUCUGAGUGGCUCAAGACGGAAACAGAUUGCAUUUUCAUGUAAAUUUCAUUGCUUUAACUUUUUACGGUAACAGAUUUUCGUCCUUACAGUAUGUGGUAUCAUACUAUCAUUGACGUACUAUUUGACAGAUUUUUGCCCCCAAUGUUAUUUGAUUUGGCAAAUGGAGUAGUUAUUUUGAAUUUUCUGAUACCAAGCAAUAAAUUUUUAUUUUUUUUUUGGUGAUUUUGAGCUAAUAGAUAAUAUUAGUGAAUACUGGGGAAUGAUUUGUAAUUUUCUAAGUUUGGG